GAAACCACCAUUCUAGAAAGGAGAACGCAGAAAUGCACGGACUCUCAGAGGCAUUGAAUCAACACCAAGCUGGCUACUGACGCCACUUCCGGUAUGACAGCUGACAGCUGAUUCCGAAUCCGGUUCCGGGCUUUCGCAUUUCAUUUUCAGAAUCUGACCUUGUGACGUGAAGUAUUUACAAAUCCAAUGGCUGACAAGAAACGCUUAGCUUUUUCGAUCAUUCGGUAUUUACAUGAUCAGUUACGCAAUGGUGGGCUUUCCUCUGAUGCACAGGAGAGUCUGGAAGUUGCCAUUCAGUGCCUGGAGACAGCCUUUGAGGUUUCCAUUGAAGAUAGUAGUUUGGCUGUCCCACAGACUCUCCAAGAGAUAUUUACAGAAGCCACAUUUCAGGAUACUCCGCAAGCAAAUUCUGGGCUAGCCUCCCCUUCUGAUGAGGAUGUAGCUGAAGCUGAAAGUUUGAAGACAGAAGGCAAUGAGCAAAUGAAGGUAGAAAAUUUUGAAAGUGCUGUAACAUACUACACAAAAGCUCUUGAACUGAACCCAAGAAAUGCCGUAUAUUACUGCAAUAGGGCUGCAGCUUACAGCAAACUGGGCAACUAUGCUGGAGCUGUGAGGGACUGUGAAGAGGCUAUUUCAAUUGACCCCAGUUACAGCAAAGCAUAUGGCAGAAUGGGACUAGCACUUUCAAGCUUGAAUAAACACGCAGAAUCUGUAGGAUUUUACAAACAAGCCCUUGUGCUGGACCCAGAAAAUGAAACCUACAAAUCGAACUUAAAGAUUGCAGAACAGAAAAUGAAAGAGUUGCCCAGCCCAAUGGCUCCUCCUGGAGGUUUGGAUUUAGCUGGCUUGCUCAAUAACCCAGGCUUUAUGAGUAUGGCUUCAAAUCUCAUGCAUAACCCCCAAGUUCAGCAACUAAUGUCAGGAAUGAUCUCUAGUGGCCAUGCACCCAUGGCUGGAGCUGCAGCUGUGGGAAACAAUCCUCCAAAUGACUUGGCCGGUCUUAUACAAGCAGGACAACAGUUUGCUCAGCAGAUGCAACAGGAAAAUCCAGAGCUAAUAGAACAAUUGCGCAGUCAGAUACGAAGUCGACCCCCAAGUUCAAGUCAUGAUGAGCAACAUGAAUGAGCAGUGCUGGCAGGCUGAAGGAUAUUGUACUACUUCAUUGGAUUAUGGGCAGAAAGUACUCGAGUGACUACAAUAGGGUCUGUCUUCCUUGGCGGUUUAUGCGAACAGUUACUCUUGGCAUACUUUGUUGGAAGAAACUUUUUUCUUACCUCAUUACCACUUCCUUUCUACCAAUUUUAAGUGUCACUUGCCAGUAUGCACAUUAAGUCUUUCUGCUUCUGUUGAAGAAAAGAAAAAAAAACACAAUGUGUUGUUUUCUUCUCGUCCAUGGAUAUUACUGUCUACAUUGGUUUGAACAGUGGUGUAUGUCUUGGGUCUGGUGCCCUUUAACAUUAAUGUGAUAACCGGAAUGUUACAACUGGAUCAAGAGACAUUUCCUGUAGUUAAUAGGAAACCUGUUAGAUGGACACUCAAUCUUCUGGUUCUGUCAUUACAACAAUAAAAUGAUUUGUGGUCUCUACCUGAAAAUGGGCACUUACUUUAAGUGUGUAGUUGACAUGGGCUCUAUGGGGAAAAUCGGACCUUUCAUCUUCUAGUUUUGAAAUUCCCUUCUCUGCAAGCACUUUGCAGUCUCCCGGAAAUAAUGCAAAUAUAAUUUAAAGACCUCAAAGGUUCUUUAGUAAUUGUCAUCUUAAUGCUCCUAACGAAGAACAUAAUCCUCCAGCCAACUGUAUUAUUAAGGUGUUUUAAUAAAGAAUGACUUACUGCAAAAAACUAA